AUGCCUAAUACGAAGAAGGCGAAGGGGCGCCGCAAGAACGGUCGGGCGGAGGGCGCCAUAGGGGACAUCGUACACGUUGAGCGGCGCGCACGCGACUCUGAACGCUCGAUUAUGGACGACAUCUGCAACGAAUAUCGCUCGCGCUUCCCUACAUGGGUAGCCUGUAGCGACGCGGACUAUGCCGCGUGUCUCCCGUGUGACCCGAACGUCAUCCUUGACGUUCCCGCGGGGGUCCCGAGGGGCUCGCCCGAGAGGGCAGCGGCCGCCCUUGACGUCGCGGCUGUGAACCAGCGCUUGCUUCGCUACAUAACAUUCUGCUCCGAGCGUGCUAUCGCACGCGCACCAGUCAACGUACCUCGCUCUUUGAAGGCUCUGAAGGUGAGCUUUUGGCACGACCCUCCCCAUGAUCUACAGCGCGUCGCUGACACAGGCGACAGAAUGGGGAAGAAUAAGAAGAAGGCGAAGGAAGAUCGCUUGAACAACAAGGGCUGGGCUGAAGGAUGUUGCGAGGAACGCGUCUUGCUGCCCAACGUCGACCGCUACACGUCGGCACGCCAGCGCGGGCACAUCUCCAAGCGACGCGUCAUGGCCGAUAUCUGCAACCAGUAUCAUACGUACUUCCCUCUUUGGCUCGAAGACCACCACGAGUAUCACGCAGUAUAUCGCCCAUACGACCCGAACGUGAUCGUUGAUGUUACGGUCGGCCUGACAGAGGACGAGAAGGAGGUGGCUCUCUUGCACAUGGACUGGCUCAAUAUGCGCUUGCGCCUGUACAUGAAAUACCGCUCGAGCGCUCUUCUCAUCUCCCCUCAUGUCUCCUUCAACUAUCAGAAAAACCCCCUCGCCAACCUCCUUCUCACUCUCAGUGGCUUCGAGCGCCGCCCGAGACGUCGGACUGGCCCGCAGCAGUACCAGCACGAGAACCACGACGCGCUGCAGUCCGCCUACGAAGCCGAGUGGAAGAAGCAGCUGCUUGAGGGCACGCGCGCGCCGAACAUCAAGCAGUCUGCACAGUUCCGCGGUAGGAUAGUUAGCGCGCAAUACGAGGCGCUGCCCGUCUCGGAGCAGGAGGCGUACCUCGAGCGCGCCAUCGCGGAGGGCGACGCUGUCCGCGCCGAGUACGAUAAGCUGCGUUCGGAGGGUCCCUCGGUAGCGCCGGCAGCUCGGCAGAAAGCCAUUAACGCUCUUCCUGCGUUCACCAGGAACAUCAUGCGCGGUCAGCAAGGGUACACGGGCUUGGUCGGCGCCAGCCUAUUCGGCGGUCCUAUCCCGGCUGCACAAGGUGAGAUAACCGCAUACUCGAUCUUCGCCGGCACCAAUCUCGCGGGUCAGUCCUGGAUGGACUUCGAUCCGGAAGGCCUGGCGAUCGCGAAGGACCAGUUCCUUAAGUUCGUCAAGACGUGCUAUACUCAAGCUGACUGUGACGCGGCCGCUCUUGAAGACGUCCACCUGCCCCUCGAUCUCGACUCCCUUAUGCCCCUCCCUGAGUUCAGCGACAGCGACGACGACUCUGAUGGCUCCGGCUCUGAGUCCGACGAGGAGCCGACCGCGACGUCGAAAAAGCGGAAACGCGCGUCGACCAAAGCGAAGCCCGCCGCUGCUCAAGCGAAGGCUGCCGCUCCCUCGAAGUCAAAGACCGCCAAAGGCAAGGCCUCCGCCACCGCCGCUCCCGCGAAGAAGACCAAGUCGCAGACGAAGACUGCGGGCGAGCAGUCCAAGUCGUCGUCCAAGCCAGCCGCGACUCCUACCGCGACUCCUACCACGCCACCCGAGCCUGCGCAGCUAAAGCCACGCGGCGCGUUCGACGUCCGGUGCCCUGCGGAGACGUACAAAUCCAGCGAUCCGCCGCGCAAGAACGAGGGCUAUCGUCGACUUGCCUGGGAGUUCCAGGCGUAUCUCGACUUCAUUCGCUACAUGGAACCGUCCUCGCGUACAGCGCGCUCCCUGGCAUGGACGGAGAACCACUACGUCGAUGAUCAGGGCUUCGUGCGAGAUCGGACCAAGGAGUACGACGAGGAGAUGGAGGCGGCGCUUAACGUGGACUCGGACGACGACUACGUGGACUCGGACGAGGAGACGCAAGGCAGCAAGAAGAAGAAGAAGAAGCUCCAGCCCGACGAAGAUGGAGUUCAGACUCGCUCGAAGGCCUCCACGUCCGCUUCGCAGGGCAAGAAGAACGCCGGGAAGGCGCCAAAGGCGAAGAAAGGCUUGUCAACGUCGACACCGGAGGCCGCUGUGACUACUGGGGCUGCCCCGCCCGCGCGUCCGGCGCUUACGCCGCCUGCUGCUUCUACGUCGUCUACCUCCCUGCCUGCACCUGCGACGACCGAGCCAGCGACCUCGACUCCACCGCCUGCGCCGACAACCACGCCAACUGCGGCAACCACGUCGGCAGCGACAUCACCGUCGGCAGCGACAACCACGUCGGCAGCGGCGGCGGCGGCGACAACCGCGUCGGCAGCGACAUCCCCGCCGGCUGGUACGGCGGUUGGUCUUGCUGGCAAGCUGACCGCUAUCCGAGAUGGUGCACGCCGGGCACCCCCGCGACGAGGCCCUCCUCCUGCGCUAUCUCGCCUCGUGCCAACUCUCGAUCUCACGCCGGAGGAGAUGGCGGAAGAAGAAGACGAUCCAGAUGCCGACAUGGACGUCGACAAGCCCUCUGCCGGGUUCCCGUCGUCGCAUCAGACAUCCCCUCGCGCGUCGCCUCCUCGCGCGUCGCCUCCUCGCUCGACUGCGCCCUCGGCACCCUCCUCGGCCACCGACCGGCACGCGGAGUCUUUGCCCGCCCUCCUGGACGAGGAACUGGAGGAGGAGGACAUGGAUCCGGGGGCGAACAUGGACGAGGACGACAUACCAACGUGCCCUGACGCCGCCAAGCCGUGGUUCCAAAACAUCUUCAACGUCAUGAACCAGCCGGACCUCGGCGAGGAGUACUGUAAGGGGGCGCUAGCCUUCCUUCACUAA